GCGGUGGGGGGUGGGCGGGGAGGGGAAAUCGUUGCCGCAGCCGUUACUGGUCCGCGCAGUCAGGGUAUCGUCCACCUCCUUCCAUGGCUCUGAAGAAGAAAUUCAGUUGUUUAUGGGCCUUGGGUCUGUAUUUGGUAGCCAGUACCAAAAUCCCAUCCAUCACUGACCCAAACUUUAUAAACAACUGCCUCGAUGGCCACAACGAAUGGCGUGGCAAAGUCAACCCUCCCGCGGCCGACAUGAAAUACAUGAUUUGGGAUAAAGGUUUAGCAAAGAUGGCUAAAGCAUGGGUAGACGAGUGCAAAUUUGAACAUAACAACUGUUUGGAUAAAUCAUUUAAAUGCUAUGCAGCUUUUGAAUAUGUUGGAGAAAAUAUCUGGUUAGGUGGAAUAAAGUCAUUCACACCAAGACUUGCCAUUACGGCUUGGUACAAUGAAAGCGAAUUUUAUGAUUUUGAUAGUCUGUCAUGUUCCAGAGUCUGUGGCCAUUAUACACAGUUAGUUUGGGCCAAUUCAUUUUAUGUCGGUUGUGCGAUUGCAAUGUGUCCUGACCUUGGGGGAGAUUCAACUGCAAUGUUUAUAUGCAACUAUGGACCUGCAGGAAAUUUUGCAAAUAUGCCUCCUUACACUAAAGGAGAAUCUUGCUCUCUCUGCUCGAAAGAAGAUAAAUGUGUAAAGAACCUCUGCAGGACUCCACAACUUAUUAUACCUAAUCAAAAUCCAUUUCUGAAGCCAAUGGGGAGAGCACCUCAGCAGAUAGCCUUUAAUCCAUUCAGCUUAAGUUUUCUUCUUCUGAGAAUCUUUUAAUGUCAUUUAUAUACAAAAGAAAUUAUCAAAUGUUAAAAUAAAAGAAUAGUUUAUUGUUUAA